AUGAGAGACGCUGUAGCAGCACCCAAGAUUGAAACUGUUCUCACAUUCAUUCUGGGGAGAGAGUACUUUGUAACAGUCGAAGAUUCAGGACAAGGAUAUGAUAAUGAUUUAACUGAGUUCUUUCUGGACGCAAGGCAGAAGGCAUUUGACUGGAUUGUCAAUCAGGACCCAAUGCAGUUGGAGUAUGAUUCUUCCAAUUUAGUGCAGAGGUUCCUGUUGGUUCUUUUCUACUUCCAAACCACAAGGCAUCAACCAUGGAAGCAGUGCAAUCCACCAGCAACUGCUCAGGGGAGCUCAUCAUCCAAUUUCUGCUAUAGGAAUCAUCCGGUCACAGGGGAAACAACCAAUGGCAUCUGGGGUGAUCAGUGGCUCACGAAAAGCCAUGAAUGCCAGUGGGCCGGAGUGGUCUGUGAGACUGUAGAGUCAAAAGAGAAAACGGUUGCUGAGCUAAGCCUUUAUGGGAAUCAUCUCAAUGGCCCUCUCCCAUGGGAGAUCACACAAUUGCCCGAGUUGACAGACCUACGUUUAUCUAAGAACAUACUUUCUGGAGUGCUACCUCCAGGGCUACUGUUUCUAGACUCCAGCCCGUUGCGGUCGCUGGAUUUAGAUGGGAAUAAGUUCAUAGGGACAGUCCCUGCAAGAUGGUUCGAAAGUCUCAAUGAAGGAACUGCACAACUUACCAGUCUUGCUGUCUCGUCAAACAGGCUGACUGGGACGAUUCCAACUGAAGUGUGUUUACUCCCUUUGAAUAGAUUAGUUCUUGAAAACAACACACUGACAGGUCCUCUCCCACGAGAAAUAGUCAACCAAACUUCUCUAACACACCUAUAUUUGGGUAAAAAUGAUCUCACUGGGACUUUGCCUAGUGAAAUUGGACUGCUUACCAAUUUGCAAAUACUGGACUUGAAUAACGCCUAUAUUUCAGGUCCCCUGCCCUCCGAGAUUGGCCUUCCGAGCCUGCUUUAUCAAAUUAUUCUCUCUAACACCAACAUGGAAGGGACAAUCCCUGAAGAGCUCUACACCACUGGAUCUGAUCUCGACGUUUUGUUAUUGGAUAGUUGCAACCUUUCUGGAAGCAUCAGCUCAUCACUGGGCCUGUUGACAAAUCUCAAAUGGCUGCAUCUAUCCAAUAACAACUUCUAUGGACCGCUUCCGAAUGAGAUCGAGGCACUGACAAAUCUGAGACAUCUACUGGUGAAUGGGAAUCAGUUCACUGGUACUGUUCCAGAGUCUGUGUGCCAGAAUCUGUAUGUUGAAGGGGAAUUUUCCAAUAAGGUGGUCGCUGACUGCUUGCCCAAUCCAGAAACUGGAGUUCCUUUCAUUCAGUGUUCUUGCUGCACUAGCUGUUGUGACGAUACAGGAGUUUGCCUUGCCAAUUAG